AUGGCAGACAAACGGUUAAUUUCGCCUGCAAAAUCGGACUACGUCGAUGUAGCCGGAGACAAUGAGUCAGUUGAAGGUAUUAGUGAGACAUUAGAGCAAGCGAGUGUAAGCCAAGCACCAUCACCAGUUCCAGUCGACUCUCAGGCAGAAGGUACCAGUGGAACAACACUCAAAGUACCCGGAAAAGCAACAACAUCACGUGACAGGUCAAAGUCACCACCUGCACUGGCAAACACCACAUUAUUUAAAUUGACGUCUCAAAUGUCCAGGUAUGAGCAGCUUCAAUUUAUGCAGCAAGACGUGGCUGAUCUUGUGCGACAGCCUGCUCUCGUCACAAUGCCCAUAAUCGAGGCGAAACUAUCACAACUCAACGACCUCUGGACAUACUUUGUGGUGGAGCAUGAGGCAUUAGGAGUAGGGUGUCGGUUGACACUAUUCAAACACCAGUAUAUGACCGACAGAGUGUAUGAAAGUGCUUUACGGCUUCAUUACCAUAUAGAGUCAACUCUCCAUCGUGUUAAAUCAGAGCUACACGAGAAAGACAUCCAGAAGGCCAUCGAUGAUUACAAAGCCUCUACACAGCAGACAACUCCAAUCAUAUACAGACAGGCAACUCUCCCAGAGAUCCCUCUCCCAACAUUCGCAGGCGACUCAUCAACGUGGACGCAGUUUCGGGACAUGUUUACGUCCCUCGUUCACGAUCGGGAAGAUCUCAGGCCAGUAGCCAAACUACACUACCUGAAGGCCAACGUAUCAGGUCCCCCACUUCAACUGAUCCGUCAUGCUGUAAUGAAUGAUGAUGGGUAUGAGCCAGCAUGGAAUCAGCUCAAGGCCAGGUACGAUGAUCCAGAACAACUCAUCUUUGCCCACAUCAAGGACCUGUUCAGUGUGACCACACCAUCAUCAAAGUCAGCUGAACAACUCGACAACCUGGUGGGAGUAGUACGGCAAAACUUGGAUGCCUUGAAGGCUCUCAAUGUACCUACAGACGCUGCAAAUUAUUUUCUGGUGUACCUGGUGGCCAGUAAAUUGGAGCAACCGCUACGUGAGGCGUGGGAACUCGAGCGAAGUAGGUCUCGCUCACCGACAACUCUUGACCGCCUACUCUCAUUCAUAUCAACCAGGGCACGUGCAAUGGAGUCAGCGCAGGAAGCAGCUCGGCACGCAAAACGGUGGCCUACCCCAGUAGUCACCAGAAAAUCAAGAGCGCAACAGUCUACUCACCAGCAGACGACUCACCCACAGACAACUCGAGCCUCCAGGCAUGCGGCGCAAAAACGACACGCAGACUACCCGUGUGAUCAAUGCAGCAGCCUAGAUCACUACGUGGCUGACUGCGAAGCGUUCGCAGGACUCUCACAGCAAGAAAGGAGUAAAGAAUGCUUCUCUGAUGACUCGACGGAAAGGAUGACCUUAGCAUAUGAGGUUUCGGCCUCAGGAGGGUUGAGGGUCCUGGAGGAAGAGUCAGAAGGUCUCGUUCGAUCUCCUACAGCUGAAGAAAAGAGUCAAACUCACACUAGUCAAAUCUCAGACGACUCACAUGAUUCAACAAUCACCAAGAACACUACAGACAACUCAGAUAUCCAUGGAAGACUCUCUUCAGCACUCAGGGCAGCAGAAGAUCCAUGCACUAACGAGUCUCCAGUUCAAUCAGACAGCUCAGCAGUCUUACUCGUCACAGCCAAUGCAGUAUUACUCUCAAACUACUCUCAGCUUCCAGUAAGACUCCUGAUAGACUCAGGGUCUGAGCUGACGUUCAUCUCAUCAAGUGUGGUAAAGACUUGUCAUCUCCAACGUCGUCCAUCAGUAAUAUCAGUGCUGGGAAUUGGUAACGAACCAGCUGUACAAACUAGAGGAGUGACAACAGUGACACUUAGAUCAACUCACACACAGGAGCAAGUUACAAUUAAUGCUCAUAUCCUCAAAUGUGUCACUGGUACUUUACCAACCAGACAACUCAAGGAACUCAACUGGUCAGCUCUCAACUCUCUGCAACUUGCUGAUCCGGACUACUCAACUCCAAGACACAUUGACAUCUUAAUAGGAGCAGAUUGUUAUGGUCUGAUUGUGAAAGCGGGCAUCAAACAAUGUCCGCAGUCAUCUCUAAUAGCCCAAGAGUCCAUCUUUGGGUGGAUGCUCAUUGGAAUGCCACAACCGACAAGAUACUCAAGUCAGAGAACUCAUCACGCAGCAAGGGUCAACUCAUACCAGCAAGUAUCUGAUCUCUUGACAAAAUUCUGGGUUCAAGAAGAAGUUCCAGAGACUUCAGCCAGCCAACUCAGCCCAGAUGAUCAAUCUUGUGAAGAUCAUUAUGUUACGACUCAUUCAAGAGAUCAAGAUGGGAGAUAUAUUGUGAGAAUACCACUAAACGCAUCACCAUCUCUUCUAGGCAACUCAUCAGCGAGAGCUCAUCAGUGUUUACUACACAUGAUCAGACGACUCACAAAGAAUGACUCAUAUGCACAACUCUAUCACAACUUUAUGCAAGAAUACGAGUCACUGAACCACAUGACACGAGCCAAGGCAAGUCCAAUCAACUCUCCGGUGUAUUAUUUGCCUCAUCAUGGUGUCUUAAGAGAAGACAGUCUGACUACAAAACUUCGUGUAGUAUUUAAUGGCUCUAGUCCAUCUUCUAGUGGUCUAUCAGUGAACGAUAUUCGACAUACUGGUGCCAAAGUCCAGAAAGACAUUGCAGACGUACUCAUUUGGAUCAGACAGCAUAAAUUUGUGUUCACAUCAGACAUCACAAAGAUGUACAGACAAAUCAAGGUACAUCAAGAUGACUGGGAUCUCCAGAGAAUCCUGUGGGUGGACGAGCACUCCAAGAUAAUCCCAUAUCAACUCAUAACGGUCACGUAUGGUACCAGGUCAGCCCCAUUUCUGGCUGUUCGUACAAUGAUCCAGCUAGUAAAGGAUGAAGGUCAUAAGUUCCCUCUAGCUGUUGAUCCACUACUAAAAGGAAGAUAUGUGGACGAUAUUUUUGGAGGUGCUGACACCGUGAGUCAACUGAUAGAUAUCUCAACCCAAGUCAGACAACUCUGCAUGGCAGGUGGCUUCCCGUUAGCGAAAUGGCACAGCAACUCACUUCAAUUCCUUCAAUCGAUUACAGACAACUCAUCAGAAGAGCAGAUCCACUCAUUUGAGAGCAGCAAAACGAAAUUACUUAGGCUCUCGUGGAUUCUAGCGAACGACUCAUUCAAGUUCAACUCAAAACCUCCUCGUGAGAAGUCCAAGCUCACAAAGAGAAUAAUUUUAUCAGAAACAGCACAACUCUACGAUCCACUUGGAUUUCUAGCACCCUUCAUUGUCAGAGCAAAGAUGUUGCUACAAGAAAUCUGGCUAGAUAAAAUUUCCUGGGAUGACCAAGCCCCAGAUCACAUCAUCACCAAGUGGAACAGCUUCAGAUCAGAACUCUCACAUGUCUCAGACCUCUCAAUUCCACGAUGGUUACGGAUUACUCAGAAAUCGACCGUGGAACUUCAUGGUUUUUCAGACGCCUCACAAGCAGCUAUGGCAGCUGUUGUUUACAUACGGACUACUCAUCCAGAUCAUGGAACUUGUUCAACUAUAGUCUGCUCAAAGUCUAAGGUUGCUCCAUUGAAGAAGAUGUCUAUUCCCAGACUCGAACUCACCGCAGCAUUGCUGCUUGCCAGACUAAUCACUUAUGUAAGGACCAACUUAGACAUUCAGCCAACUCAACUCUCUCACUCAUCCCGUUGGAAGGAGUUUGUAAGAAACAGAGUGUCAGCAAUUCAAGAUCUCACUCCAAUCAGCGUUUGGAGGUUUGUACCUGGCAAACAAAAUCCAGCGGAUUGUGCUUCUCGAGGUAUCAGCAUAUCCCAGCUUCGGAAGCACCCCCUGUGGUGGACAGGACCACAGUGGUUAACAGCAGACGAAUCAUUAUGGCCAACUCAAUCAUCAGUGUACGAUUCAAAAGCUCAGCAGGAAGAGCGGCCCGGGCUCACUUUAGUUACUCAGACAAUUCAACAUGAUUAUCAUUGGGAUAUGAUAUACAGACAUUCUCGGCUAAUCAAAUUGCUCAGAGUGACUGCAAUUUGCUUCAGAUUCAGCCAACUCCUCAGACGAGUACCGCAGUCAUCUCUCACCUUCCCUCUUACGCCACAAGAAUUAGAGAGAGCAAGGAUUUUUUGGAUAAAGGCAACUCAAGAAUCGUACUUCUCACAGGAAAUCAAGCAGAUCAACUCAAAUUCACUGCCCGUCUCACACCCCCUCGCACGAUUGACAGCAUUUAUUGACACUCAAGGAGUCAUACGUGUUGGAGGGAGGUUAGCAAAUGCUAGCUUGGACCAAGAAGCAAAGCAUCCUGCAAUCCUACCACAGAAAACUCAUUUUUCCAGACUAAUCAUUGUUGAUGCUCAUGAAAGAACAUUGCACGGUGGGACGCAGGCAACUCUGAACCUCAUACGAUCAUCGUACUGGAUCAUUGGCGGACGACUCCCAGUACGAUCCUAUAUUUAUCAUUGUAUGAAAUGUGCUCGUUUACGUGGCGAACGAGCGAAGCAGUUAAUGGGUCAAUUGCCGUUAUCAAGAAUCACUCCAGCCCGACCAUUUGCCGUCUGUGGUGUGGAUUACGCUGGUCCCAUCACGCUAAAGACUUGGAAAGGCAAAAGCGCCAAAACAUCUAAGGGUUGGAUGUGCAUUUUUGUGUGCUUCGUUACUUCUGCGCUUCAUUUAGAAAUUGUAACAGAUUAUUCAGCAGACUCAUUUAUUCCAGCGUUCAGAAGGUUCACUGGACGUCGAGGUGUCUGCAGAACUCUCCACAGUGAUUGUGGCACCACAUUUCAAGGCGCAGACACGCUCAUCAGACAACUCUUCAAGCAGGGGACUCAACAGUUCAGUCAACUCGCAGCUGUAUUUGCAAAGGAUGGAACUGAUUGGAAGUUUAAUCCACCAGCUGCACCACAUAUGGGAGGAAAGUGGGAAGCUGCAGUCAAAUCAGUAAAGUUCCAUCUUAACAGAACGAUAGGCGACUCACUCUUUACAUAUGAAGAGCUUUCCACACUGCUUGUCCAGAUAGAAGCAGUCCUUAACUCCAGACCACUCGAGCCUCUCUCAGCCGACUCUACAGACAUCUCAGCAUUGACUCCAGCACACUUCUUGGUUGGUGAACCGCUAGUAACAUUACCAGAGCCUUCACUGGAAGAUGUGCCAAUGCCACGCUUGUCCAGGUGGCAAUUUAUUCAGCAGCGACUCCAAUCGUUUUGGUCAACGUGGUCAAAACAAUACCUUCAGCAGCAACUCGCCAUUUCCAAGUGGAAACACCCCUUUCACAACAUCACAGUCGGCUCACUUGUACUACUCACUGACGAGAGGUUUCCACCAACGAAGUGGCCUCUCGCCAGAGUGAUUAAGGUGUUCCCAGGAUCAGACGGACUCAUCAGAACAGUCAAACUCAAGACAGCAGCAGCAGAGCUCAUCAGACCACUCACCAAACUAGUCAUCUUACCAUACACUCCACCAGCAGAAGAUCAGCAAAGGCUGAGUUCAAAUCAUUAA